AUGUCCGAGUUGGCAAGUCCGCCCUGGCUUCUCGAGAGGGAAGAAGCUCUUCCCGUCCUCAAGUAUGCCUUCGACAAUGGCAUCAACACGUGGGAUGUAGCCGAUACAUACUCAAAUGGAGAAUCAGAGAGGAUCCUCGGCGCGGCUAUCAAACACUACGACAUUCCUCGUUCGAAGCUCGUCAUCAUGUCCAAGUGCUUCCAGUUUGUCGAUGAGGAGAAGGGCCCUAUAGAUCCUGCAACUCUCACCAGUAAUGGUGGUCCUCGAGUCAACAGAGUUGGCCCGUCUCGAAAACACAUUCUUGACGCGGUGAACCAGAGCGUCGAACGACUGGGAACCUACAUCGAUGUUUUGCAGAUUCACAGGAUGGAUCGUGAUGUUCCGCCAGAGGAGAUUAUGAAAGCACUCAAUGAUGUAAUCGAAAGCGGAAAGGUUCGGUACAUUGGCGCCAGCUCGAAAAACGGUUGGCACAAGUUCAUCUCCAUGCAAGGUCUAUAUAACCUUCUCUACCGUGAGGAAGAACGAGAAAUAAAUCCUUACUGCAACUACGCUGGUAUUGACCUCUUCCCCUGGUCUCCACUUGCCGCAGGAGUUCUUGCACAUCCCUGGACCGACAGAACAGAUGGCCGAGUGCAGAAGGAUCCCUUUCUCAAGCUUCUUUUCCGUGGAGAAACCCAAGACGCUGACAAAGCUAUUGUUGACCGUGUUGAGGAGUUGGCCAGGAGGAAGGGUGUCGCCAUGGCUCAGAUCGCGCAGGCCUGGCUGAUUUCCAAGGACUGCAUGCCUAUAUGCGGCUUGGAGAGUAAAGGAAGAAUCGAUCAGGCAGUGGAAGCCCUUCAAGUAACACUGAGCGACGAGGAGAUCAGGUAUCUCGAGGAGCUGUAUGUUCCCAAGGUGCCAUUUCCUUUCUAA